GUGGUUCACGCGUUCCCUGCGGGCGGGGUGUGUGCAGGGGCCGGCCAUGAAGCGGCAGACAGCGUCGGAGACCAUGAGGGGGUGGUGUGGGCUGGAGACGACGAGAGCGACACCACGAGAGAGACGCUGAAAAGCGGAAAGAGACUUUGGGAGAAAGAAAAUAAAAGAAUUGUAAACGCUGCAUCGGAUGGUUGUGCCAGUUCCUGUGGUCCCAGACGAACCCGAACCUGAGCCUUGCUACAGUGGCGCCCAACAGGAAAGCGGACCAGGAAGAGGAUGUCAGCACCAACCCCUUUGGAGGCGCUGGGCCAAGUUCUGGCCGAGGUGUCAGCGGCGAGCAGACAGCAGACCCAAGUGCUGCGAGUGCUGAUGAACAGAGCAGAGGCAGCGGGAGGGAUGUCCUCCAUGAAGCGCAUGGUGGAGGGGGAGGACCCCCAGGCAUUCCUGGACGUCUUCGAGGCCACGGCGACGUCGUGCAAGUGGCCGGAGGAGGAAUGGGGCGCGAAGCUGCUGCCGCUCCUGGUGGGGGAGGCGCAGCGGGCGGCGCUGAGUCUCCCGGCGACCGCCCGCAUGCAGUACGCCGAUCUACGCCACGCCAUCCUGGACCGGGUCGGCAGCAGCCCCGAAGACCACCGCCGAAAGUUCCGGGCCAUGAAGUUGGGGUCAGAGGACCGGCCCUUCGUGUUGGCAUACCGGAUGAGGGACGCGGCAACCCGGUGGCUCCAGCCCAAUGGGCUGGACCCAAAGAUGUUGGAGUCCAUCAUCCUAGAACAAUUUAUUGAUGCCCUCCCGGCCAGGACCUCAGCAUGGGUGCGGUACCACAGCUCCCCAGAUGUAAAAACAGCGGUGAAACUGGCGGAGGAGCACCUGGCGGUCCAGCGGAAGGCGACCCCAAAGACAGCCGAAAGGCCCACCCCAGCACCCCGCCGACGACUCGCCCCGCUAUGGGAGGGGAUGGAGGAGACGUCCCGGGAGCAGCGACCACGCACGGCCGAGCCACCCGGAGCCAACGAGCAGGGUACCGGCGCUGCGGAGAGGGGGCUUCCCUCGCAGAUGGCGCCUCAAACACCAGGGCCGGUGUGCUGGAGGUGCGGACGGCCCGGUCACGUGCGCCGGGAGUGCUCCAUGAUGGAGGUGGGGCAGGUGAUGCGGGUUGUCGGGCCUCCAGCACCCGCCCCCGAUCUGGGGGAGACGUACUGCGUCCCGAUAAGGGCGGACGCGUCGGGCCGGGGGCUGGGGGCGGUGCUGUCCCAGCGGGUGGGGGACGUCGACCACCCCGUGCUGUACAUCAGCCGUAAACUCUCGGACCGGGAGGCAAGCACCAUGGACAGAGGCAGUGACCUUUACUCCUACAAGUGCGCUGAUCACACUCCCUUUCCACAAUGA